CGACAAUGAGCAUACCAUCUGACAGCGACCGAGGAGAAAGAUCGUCGAGUUUGGAAGAGUGGUCAGUUGGAUUUAAGUUGGUUUGGGAGAUUUGAAAUUCUCGUCUGAUCUGUGAUUGAAGAGCUUUAUACUACAUUGUAAAGAUGAAAGCAUCUCAUGUAUUUACAUCCUAUUUAAUGCUAUUCUUCAUCGUCGUUGCCAACAUCGAGCUUGUCAUUGGUGGAGAAUACGCCGAAUAUCCAUCAUACGAGGGAAAACAUUAUGAACAUCAUCAUCAUGACUACCAUCCACCACCAAAGAAGUCUGCCAAUGUGGACAUCAACAUCCCCCUCGACUUUGGCACCAUCGCAAAAUUGGGAGUUCUUGGCCUGACACAGUUAAAGCUGCUGAUGGCUCUUGGAAAGGUGGCAGGUGCAGGUCUUGGUGUAUCCGCUCUGGGUCUGGGUCAGCUGGGUAAAAUAGCUUUGAAAAUAGGGCCAGCUCAUAAAGGGGCAGGGAUUGCCAUCGAUCUCGGUGGUGGACACAGCCAUCAUCAUGAAGCAAAAUCAUAUUCCCAUUACGAACCAGUCGAGAAGCAUUAUCAUGUGCCAUCUGAGAAGCAUUAUUGAUUUAGGAAUUGUUAUUGGUGACAUAAUUUGAAAAGCGCAGGAUAUUCGCAGUAAUUUAUUAAGGAGUUUUGCUUAGGUAAUCAGGAAUGAAAGCAUAAUGAAUAAGACUGUUUGAAAAUAGGAGUUUUUAAAGUUAACUAUGUAUAUUAUUAUUAAUAGUUUAAAAAAAUAUUUUCAGUAAGAUCAUUCUUCAUAAGAGCUAUUAAAAUUUUCCAAUUAUGUUAAAUUUAAUUUAAUAGUCUAGAUUAGCUAAUAUAAAUUUAAUUACCCUUUAUUUUAAAUUUACUGUAAGCAAAACCUUUAUUUAAAGUGUCAUCGUAAAUUUAUAAGUGAUGAGAAGAAGAAUUUAUAAGUGAUAAUUAUAGAAUUACUAAGAAUUAUUUGCAAUGUAGAAUUACUACGAUUUUGUAAGUGCUGAAAUUUCCACUGUUUUGAUGCUCUCAAUAAUUUGUGAAAUAUUAAUUAUUGUUUCUAUCGUCCUUAGAAGUUUUCCGAAAUUUUGCAAGAUGACGAAGAAAUGUUAAAUGAGACAGUGUUUUAUUUUUAAGGCGAAAUUGAUGAAAAUAAUAAGAUAUAAGUCAAUCGAUAUUACCCAAAUAUUAUAAUAUACUCGUAGAACAAAUUAUCAUAAACGUAAUGGUAAUUAGAUUAGAAUUCCAAUUAUUUGAACAUGGCCGUUGUGACCUGGUGGUAAGGUCUCGGCUUCGGAACAGGAGGAUGUUGAUUCCACCGUCGCUGUCAAACAUCCUCCCACAGGUGUGGCGUGGAAGUUUGGAGGGGAGGAUGCCAGCUGAAGUGUCGUCUCGUUCAAAAUUACGAGUGCCGUUCCCCUAGCUCUAGUGUUGCUUUAAAAUGGGAAGUUAAUAUAAUUAAAUUAAACCAAGUAUUCGAAUUAAACAGAAUUUGGAUAAAUUCGGUUAAGAGAGAAAUAGAUGACUGAAUAAAACUUCGAAGUUGAGUAAAACCAGGAUAUCAAACAUAGAAAAACUAAGCUAAUUCAUAAAAUUUCGUUUUAUAAAAAUAAACAGUGCAGAAAACUGUAAAUACUGUGUUUACAUAAAAACAAUUAUCAGCACAAAAUGCCUAACAACAUUAUAUUACGAUAUUCUUGUUCAGAAUAUCGAACAACAUUAUGAGAUAUCUUAUAACAUUUUGCGUUAACAGAAAAAUUAAACAUGAAAGCUCAUUGUAUUCAUACAUAUGUAUUAUAGCAAUAUAUACACUAUUUCAUUGUGUAUAUAUUGUACAAUAUAUUACAAUACAAUGUAUUUAUACAAUGUUUGUAUACAUUACAGUACAAUACAUGCACUAUUUCAUUGACACAUAU